UUUAUCCAAAGAAAGGUUCUUUUUUCAAAAUCUUGACUUGAAAUUUACUGAAAGGAUCCAUCCAUCCUCUUUACUUUGAGAGAGAGCCACUUGGGAACAAGAAAAGACGUUGACAACAAACCUAAUAACCCAUAAUAUUCAGAGGCCUCUUUUUUUCUCUAACCCAUUUCAAGAUCUCUCUUAUAACUUCCACGAAUUCCGUCGGUGGAUCAUAGAAACUGGGUUCCACCAAUAUUGUACCCAGGUAUGUUUUCUUUAUUGAACUUUGAUGAUGGUUUAGAUGCUGGAGUACACACUUCUUGAUUUGAUUUCUUGAUGUUUAUGCUUUUCAACUCCAAUAAGAAAGCAAUCUAUGUUAGAUAUGGGAAAUUAUGAGCUCCCUUUUGGAUUUCUGAUUGAGCAUUUGAUCAAAGCAGGUCAUAUUUACAAGAUUUCGAUCACUUGGAUUCGUGGGUUCGGUUUGAAUUUGGCUAAGAUCUGAGGGUUUAGGUUUGACAUAGCAAUAUAGGCUAUUGAUGUGCUUUUAAGUGUGGAAUCUAAGUUGUUGAAGUGAACAUGAUGUGGUUGGGGCUUUGAUGGCUCUGACCAUAGUUCAGAAACCAGAUUGAAGAGAUUAAAGAAUUCAGUUUCCGUUUCUUGGAAUCCAAGUUGUUCUCCCUGAAUGCAUUUGAAGAAGACUCCAUUUCCAGUUGCAAGAGUUUGUGGAAGUUGUCAAGUUGCAUUCCACAAAGAUAAUUUAGAAUGUGGUGAAAACUGAAAACAAGCAUAGUAGAUCCUCAGUUCAGUGGUGUAAAGAUGAACGGUAGUAGCAAUGCGGAAAUGGGUUCUACUCUUAGCCCUAGGAGAGCAAAUAUAAAAGAGAAGUGUGCUUCUUUUGAUAUUGAAAAUGAUUCUGAUGGAGGGCUGAAAUACCCAGAUACCAAUUAUGUUGAUAAACAUAAAGCUGUUCUAACAAGCUCCAAGAACCCCAUUGUUGCUGCUGAUGUACUCAAGACAUUAUUUUUCAUACUUGUUUGGUACACAUUCAGUACAUUCUUGACAUUGUAUAAUAAGACUUUACUGGGAGAUGAUAUGGGAAGAUUCCCAGCUCCUUUGUUAAUGAACACAAUUCAUUUUGCAAUGCAAGCUGUUUUUUCGAAGGCCAUCACUUGCUUUUGGUCCCAAAGAUUCAAACCAACUGUAACUAUGUCAUGGAAGGACUACUUUAUGAGAGUUGUACCAACAGCUCUCGGAACAGCACUGGAUAUCAACUUAAGCAAUGCAUCACUUGUUUUCAUCUCUGUUACAUUUGCUACCAUGUGUAAAUCUGCUGCUCCUAUAUUUCUCCUAAUAUUUGCAUUUGCAUUCAGGUUGGAGUCUCCAAGCUUUAAACUUUUGGGAAUUAUGUUGAUAAUAUCCUCUGGGGUUUUAUUAACAGUUGCAAGAGAGACCGAGUUUGAUUUAUGGGGUUUCAUUUUUGUUAUGCUUGCGGCUGUUAUGUCUGGUUUCCGUUGGAGCAUGACCCAGAUCCUUCUUCAGAAAGAGGUCUAUGAUUUUCUUGUUUCUUUAACAGGUUUGAAAAAUCCCCUGACCUUGAUGAGCUAUGUAACUCCUGUAAUGGCCCUGUUAACGGCUUUUCUCUCUCUGGCUUUGGAUCCCUGGGACGAAUUCAGAAGUAGCAGUUACUUUGAUAGCUCAUGGCAUAUCAUGCGGAGUUGCUUCUUGAUGCUUUUUGGGGGAACGCUCGCCUUUUUUAUGGUUUUAACGGAGUACAUCCUUGUUUCAGUAACAAGUGCAGUAACGGUGACCAUAGCUGGAGUUGUAAAGGAAGCCGUCACUAUACUGGUAGCGGUAUUUUACUUCCACGACGAAUUUACAUGGCUGAAAGGAGCGGGUCUUGUUACGAUCAUGCUUGGUGUGAGUCUAUUCAACUGGUACAAGUAUGAGAAGGUGCAGAAGGAAAAACUCGGUGUAGGUGAGUUGCCCGAAUCUCGAACCAAUAUCACUGCGAAAUACACUAUUCUCGAGGAGGCAGAUGAUGAGGAAACUAGCCCUUGAUCACACUGCUCCCAUCAUAUGAAACAUUCCGUAGCUCAAUCAGCCAAAUCUACGGGUACUUUGACGGAUGGAAAUACGUAGUUUCAUGCUCGUUAUUUGCCAAAGGUAGAUUUCGACAAUUAGCCUAAACGAUUCAAAGCUCAUAGGUACUAUAUCACUAUGAUUCUACAUAUUUUUGACGAAGAUGGAGAAAAGUCGAGUUAUUUGAUCAUCACAAGUAAACAAGAGUAUGGACCAUGUACAUCGUCCACCCGUGUAUGCACUACGAUUUUGUUUUCAUUCGGGUUUUCCACGGAGAAACGCUAUAUCCCGCAAUCAUUAUACAUUUAGUCAGUAUACCAUUUUUGAAUUUGGUUCAGUUUUGUUGUAGGUAAAACACAAUACAUCUGUAUCAUCACUCUCUUGUUGUAAAAGACCUUUGUCGAGUAUAUGUUGGUUCUUUCGCUUUACGAUCAUGGGUCGUGUUUGAA